AUGUACCGCCAAGCCGCCAUCCGCAACGUCCGCCUCUUCAGCACCCGCGUCGCCCUCCGCAACAAAGGCCCCGUCGAAGGCGCCAAAGACGCAGCCAAGACCGUCGACAAGACCAUCUCGCAGGGCAUCGUGAAGGGCAUCGAGAAGGGCGAGGAGGCCGCCGGCGCCGCUAAGCAGGCCAUCGGCAUCGGCAAGGAGAAGGCCGAGGAGGUCGCUGGCGAGGCGAAGCAGAAGGCGCAAGAGGCGAAGCAGGAGACUAAGGCUAAGGUGUAG